AUGUCCAGCCACGAUCCCCAAUCGAACAACACCCAGUGGACGGAGCCGCCGUGGUCGGGCUGGAUAGAGACCACUGGCGACGCGUUGCUCAUCCUGGAGGCCGCGCGGAGGGGUCUAAUUCCGCGCGUCACACGCCGCCUGGUCGAUUCGGAGCGCAAGAUGAUCACCUCUGGCUCUGUCUUCGUCUUCGACGAGGACGAGAGCGGCAUCAAGCGCUGGACCGACGGCUUCUUCUGGAGCCCGAGCAGGAUCCUGGGCAAUUUUCUCCUCUAUCGCGAAACCGAGAAACGCGGCGCCGGCCACAGGAGUGCACGCGCUGAAGCAGCAGCGAACACGGACGAUCCAGAUGUACCCAAGUCGGAGGGCCAGACCUUGUCCCGGCCGAAGAGCGAAGCGGCAAGGUUGGGCAUCGACCGCCAGAGGGAGAGGAUCCUGGUUGGGAGCCUCACGAACAGCUACAAGUUCAAGCAAGGCGGCAUGAUGAAGAAAACCUUCUCGCUCACUAUCGGGGGUGUUGCUCAACAUUUGAUCUCCUACUACAAGAUCGAAGACGUCGAACAGGGUCGCCUACGCUCUCCGUCAUCUCUGCCAGAGCUCGCGUCCUUGACGAUCAGCCCCGAAUAUCUCGACAAGACUCACUUCCGCAACCCUCCCAAGGUCGAAGUUGGUGUCGACGGCAUUCCGCGUUACCGUGGCGAGGCCGACGAUGUCGAACUCUCCCCCCGUCUCCUCCCUGCACCUCUCUCUUCGGGCUAUUACGACGGUUCAGGGUCGUCGAGCAAGCGUCAGAAGAGGUUCGACCCUUACGCUCCUUCGACCGUCGGGAAACGCACCCGUAAGAAGAAUAAUUCGGCGGGCAGCAUUUCGGAGGCCACUGGUGGAGAAUCUCCUACGCAACCAUUGAGCGCCCCUGCCCACGGUCCCACUACUUACCCAGACAACGGCCUGCCGUAUCCUUACGGCUACUACGUGAAUCCUCCUACAUACCCACCUCCUCACGCCUACUCCCCGGGGCAUUACCAGCCACCACUCCCUGCCCCUGGGACCACGACACCCCCUCAAGACAGCCCGUCACCCCCAGCAUCUGCCCCGGCUGCGUCUUCGUCGUACCCGUAUUCCUCGGAUACGGCGAGUGGUUCGUCUACUCAGGCUGCCUACCCGGCGUACUAUUCUACUCCUGCGCCUCCAGCGCCUCCUGCCUCCGGCUACCCGUCAUACCAGCCGGUACACUGGCCACCGCCAUACACAGGAUACUCGCAGAGCGCGGGAGCAGCGCCGUCUGGGAACACGACCAUCCAGGAUAUCACGGAGAGCGACGUGCGAAACAGUGGGGGAGCCGGCGGUGGCGCGUGA